AUGUCUUUAGUGGGCACCAUCUCUCCUUUCCUUGGCAAUCUCUCUUUUCUUAGAGUACUUUCUCUUGCGAAUAAUAGCUUGUAUGGCCAAAUUCCAACUCAGUUGGCAAGGCUUUUUCGUCUUCAAAUACUUAGAUUGUCUAAAAAUGAAUUAGAAGGCUUCAUUCCCUCUACUUUGGCUGACUGUCGUUCUUUACAACGUCUCAGUCUAUCCUACAACAAUCUGAAUGGGAACAUUCCAUCUGAGCUGGGCCUCCUUUCACAUUUAGAAACACUUUAUUUAGGAGACAAUCAACUAACAGGUAAAAUGCCACCACCAUCCUUAGGAAACCUGUCUUCUUUAACUGAAUUGUAUUUAUUGAAUAAUAGACUUCAUGGUGGCAUUCCUGUUGAAUUGGCUAUGCUUGUUCAAAUCAGAGAACUUAGUCUUGCUGGAAACAAACUAUCAGGUCAAAUUCCUGUUGAAUUAAGUAUGCUUACUCAACUCACAUUACUUAGUCUUGGUGGAAACAAACUAUCAGGUCAAAUUCCUGUUGAAUUAAGUAUGCUUACUCAACUCACAGAGCUGUAUUUUGGUGAAAACUACUUAUCAGGAUCAAUUCCUAUUGAAUUAGGUAUGCUUACUCAACUCAAAGAACUUUGGCUUGGUGAAACAACUUGUUAG